AUGGCGGAUUUCCAACUCGUCUACAUUAUAAUCCUGAAAUUCAGGCUGCUGGAAAUCUCAGAGAACUGUGUUGGAGUCCUGCUCUUGGCUGGUGGUCAGGGGACCCGUCUUGGUGUUCAGUACCCUAAAGGAAUGUACAAUGUUGGGCUGCCGAGUGGCAAAACUUUGUAUCAGAUCCAGGCAGAACGCAUUCGCAAAAUCCAAGAGCUUGCAGACAGCAAACAUGGCUCUAAAUGCACUGUUCCAUGGUACAUAAUGACCAGUGAAUUCACUCUGGCUCCAACUGAGACUUUUUUUAAGGAGAACAACUAUUUUGGACUGGAACCAACAAACAUCGUUAUGUUUGAGCAAAGAAUGAUUCCAGCUGUGACAUUUGAUGGAAAAGUCAUCUUGAAGGAUAAAGGGAAGAUAGCCAUGGCACCAGAUGGUAAUGGAGGUCUGUACCAGGCACUGGUGGACAAUAAGGUGCUGGAGGACAUGAAGAAAAGGGGAGUCAAGUACCUGCAUGUGUACUGCGUGGACAACAUUCUGGUCAAGAUGGCCGAUCCUGUGUUUAUUGGCUUCUGUGUGAGCAAGGGCGCUGACUGUGGGGCCAAGGUGGUGGAGAAGGCGUACCCUACAGAGCCGGUCGGCGUGGUUUGCAGAGUACGAGGGGUGUCCCAGGUGGUCGAGUACAGUGAGGUCCAGCCACAGACGGCUGAACUGCGAGGACCUGGAGGAGAGUUGGUUUACAGUGCUGGAAACAUCUGCAAUCACUUCUUUACCAGGAGCUUCCUGCAGGAUGUGGCAGAGAAAUAUAAAGACCAGCUGAAGCAACAUGUUGCCUUAAAGAAAGUGCCCUUUGUUGACGCACAAGGCGUUCAAGUCAAACCAUCCAAAUCCAAUGGCAUAAAGAUGGAGAAGUUUGUUUUUGACGUCUUCGAAUUCUCAAGGAACUUUGUUGCGUUUGAGGUUGUCCGGGAGGAUGAGUUUUCCCCCCUGAAAAAUGCAGAUGGCUCAGCCACAGACAACCCGACCACAGCCAGGAACUCUCUGCUGGCUCAACACUGCCGUUGGGUCACAUCUGCUGGAGCCACACUGUUGGAUAAAUAUGGGAAUCCCCUUCCUCUUCCCAGGUCAGAGAUGCUCAUAUGUACUCCACACCCUAAGGAGCUGAUUUGGAAGAGAGUGGUGUUGUCGUUUAUCAGCUCCAUUUGCAUGUUGGAUGGCUGA